AAACAUCGAUUUCCAUUUAUUUUUUUCAAUCUCAACACUCGAUAAUCUAAAAAUUGAACAUGGUGUGAAAUCGAUUUCAAAUUUAGCUUUCUCCACUUGAUCAUCGUCGAAGGAGAUCAUUGAAUCAGAAAUUCUCCUUCAUCUCCCUAAUCAUAUAAUCUGAGGAAAGUAUGGUAGAAAUCUAUUCUGUUUGUGGAGAGUGGAAAAUAAAUGACAAGCUCCAAUGGGAAUUUAUAGUAGAUAUGGACAAAGGAGGAUCACUUACAGAGGUAGAUGAGAAUGUCACAUUCGCAGAAUUAGUUGAGAUGGUUAUAGAAGACUUUGGAUUUGGUUGCUCAGUUAAAAGUGAAGAUAUUAGACUCACCUAUGAACUUCCAUCGAAGAUGAAACUGAUGGUAGAGCUUAUGGUAGAGAACCCUCCACCGGUAAAUCUGCGAAACGAUCGCCAAUUAAGAAGUUUCAUCAAUAAGAUAAAAGAAGAUCAUGAACUAAUUCGUUUGUGUGUAACGGUGAGUGAGAAAUGCAACGUGGUUGCUUCUGAGAAUGUUGGGGAAAACAUUCCUUCAAAGACCAUACACAAUGAAGAGGAUUAUGUUGAGGAAAAUAUUCCAAACACACAUGUGUUGCAAAAUUUUGAUGGUGAUUCUAAUGUGCAUGAAAAACAACAGGAACUUCAUCGAUCAAGUGGGAGCGACAUGGCAGUUUCCAUAGCACACGACAACACAUGUUCGACUUCUCAAAAAGGAAACUGUCGAGUUUUUUACUAUCAUCCUAUUGAUCCUCCUAUGGUUUCGAUAGGAUGUUCACAUUCUACCGGAGGGACUGAUAAUUUACAUGUGAACAAACAUUUCAAGAAUAAGCAAGAGUUGAUGUUCAAGAUGAGAAAAUGGGCACUAGAGUGGAAGUUUGAGUUCAAGUCUCUUUGGUCAAACAAAUCAAGAGUGGUAUUAGGAUGCGUCAAUGAUAAAUGCACUUGGAGGAUGCGUGCAACUAAGCUUGAUUCUUCUGACGUCUUUGUGGUGAAGAAGUAUGUUGAUGAACAUACUUGUGAUACAACACACAUAAAUGCCGAUCAUAGGCAAGCAACUGCGAAAUUGCUUGGAGCUUUAAUCUGCAGCGACUAUGGAUCAAAAAAAGAUGGUCUCAAACCAAAAGAAAUUAUCGAGCGAGUCAGAAGAGAACAUGGCGUACAAAUCGAAUACAAAAAAGCUUGGAGAGUAAGAGAGCAAGCUCAGAAACUGAUAAGAGGGACUCCUGAUUCCGCAAAUGAAAUUUUAUCUGCACCUCCAACUACUGGGCAAAGCAGUAGGAGACCGUCGAAGAGAAUGCGACCAGUUGGAGAGUUAAGCUCAAAAUUUCAGAGACACAAGUGCAGCAGAUGCGGCGAAGAAGGACACAACAAGAAUACAUGCAUAGUCUCAAUAUGAUGAACUACUUUUAAGGAGCAGAUGUGGCAGAGUACACUGCAAAAAUACGUGUAGAGCUUCAGUAUGAUGAGAUUUUAAGUAAGUUUCCCUAUAAGCAUAUUACAUGUACUGUUUUUUUAGUUUCUUGCGGUUACUGUGGGCAGUUGUUUAACAUUUAUAAGAAGACACCUUAAAUCUGUUUCAAAU